AUGACAGUAGACUCCGGCCAUGGCGUGAAAACAGUUUCCUUGGUUAAGACUUUACCACCUCUCGAUAACAGGUUGAACUUCGAUAUUCCUGACUCGACAGAUUGUACUCAAACGUGGUCUAUGAUCUCCAGAUGGAUGGAAACCUGUUUACGACAUCAUAGCCUAUGUCCUCUUAGACCAGGAAGCAAGAAUUACAGACCAACCCGAUUACUGAAGAUAAACUGCUCGCAUGAUUCAUAUUCACCAAACACAGCAAGCUUCCAGUUAAUAAGCCGAGAUGAAGAUUCUCCCGUGUCUUCGUACGCCGCACUAAGUUACCGGUGGGGCGACAAACCGUUAGAUAAGACCCUUCGACUCUUGAAGUCUACAUCUGCUUGGCUAGAGAAGCCUAAUGCGGUUGAUCACUUGCCAAAAACGUUGAAAGAUGCAAUAUAUAUCGCAUAUCGCUUAGGGGUUCGAUACAUCUGGAUUGACCGCCUAUGCAUUUACCAAGACUCGCCGGAAGAUUGGCGCAGAGAAGCCGGGUCGAUGCAAGAUGUAUAUCGAAAUUCAGUAUUUUGCAUAUCCGCUCUCGGUGCCGACGAUGACGGAGGAGGCUGUUUCUUCUCACGCGAUCCGUCGUUAGUUGCCCCUACGGCUGUCGACAUGUAUAAUAACGGGGAAAUAUUCAGGGCGGAGCUUGAAGACACGGCGUGGUAUGCGGCAUUCCGGCAUGAGCCUCUUAUCCGACGAGCGUGGGUUUUACAGGAACGACUUAUGGUCCCGCGUACUAUAUAUUUCGGGAGAAAACAGGUAUUUUGGGAGUGUGAAGAAUCACAUGCGUGUGAGACGCACCCGAAAGGUUUCGAGCGAUCCCGCUCCGCCUUUAACCCCGCCGGCGCGGACAAGCACGAAAAGCACGUCGAUAUUGGCUUUCCGCUCUGGAAGCAGCUCAUCGCUAUACCCACCACUCCGCGUAUAGAAAAAGACCCACGGACACGGAUCCUUGCCGAUUGGAGUGCUGCCGUAAGCUUGUAUUCAAAUACGAAGCUCACCGUAUCAGGAGAUAAGCUCGUCGCCGUAUCCGGGCUAGCCAAGGACGUUAGAAAAGCGUUGCAACGUCUUAGGCCGGGUAGGUAUAGGUAUCUAGCUGGUUUGUGGGAAGAUCACUUGAUAGUAACGUUGGGUUGGUACGUGAGAGUCGGUACCCCGGCGUCCCGGGCGGCCUGUUAUCGCGCACCUUCGUGGUCCUGGGCUAGUCUUGACGGUCAUCUUAUCAUUCCGGAUACAUUCCGCGAAGGAGUGGUCGAAAUUAGCUCAUUGUCGUCGGCUAAUAUAGCCCUUCUUGGCGCUGAUGACACUGGAGAAGUGGCUGAGGGCAUCCUGACACUACAUGGGCCGAUCUGUUUAAUCGAGGCUUACAUAUUGUCGCACAAUCAGUAUGCUGUAGAGACAUUUCGAGAAUUCGGCACUGGCCAUUCAGUCAAAGUUAGAGUCAACGAGAGUCGGCAGCAUCAGUCAACAGUCAUCUUUGAUACAUCAGGCGACUAUUGUAAUAAUUUCGUGUGUAUCUGGACCAUCGCGCAGCCGGUAGUCUUAGGGGGGUGGCGGGUAUCUGGGUUAGCACUGCGCCAUGUGAGGAAUGAUACAUUUCUAAGAGUUGGUGUCGUUUCUUCGUAUCAUAUGACUCAGGCCGAGUUGGGUACAUUUAUUGACCGAUUCUCUCCAAAAGAAGUAAGACUUGUCUAA